AUGGCUGAUUUUGGCGAGAUCCUGAGGACCAUUGGAGACUUUGGAUUAUUCCAGAAGCUCAUACUAUUUGGACUAUGCUUCCCGAAUCUUGUCCUGCCUUUCCACCUGGCCAGUUUGAUUUUCAUCCAGUCAGACCCUGAGCGCCACUGUAACACUGACUGGAUACUUAGAGCUGGUUCCAAUCUGAGCAGUGAGGAACAGCUGAAUCUGACCGUGCCCCGGCAGGAGGAUGGGACCUUCAGUAGGUGCCUGAUGUUUACCCCUGUAGACUGGGACAUUGACACCAUCAGGGAGUAUGGACUCAAUCAGACCACUGACUGCCAGAAUGGAUGGGUGUACAACAAUAUAGUGUAUGAAGCCACCAUCGUCACUGAUUUUGAUCUUGUCUGUGGCAAAGCUAACGUUGUCGGACUUGCACAAACUGUGUACAUGGCUGGCAUUCUUCUUGGUUCACUCUUGUUUGGACCUUUCGCUGAAUCAUUUGGUCGCCAACGAGCAACUCAGAUACCCAUGGUUAUUAUGCUAAUUUUUACUGUAACGACAGGCUUGUCUCCAAACUUUUAUUUGUAUAUGGCAUCCCAGUUUAUAGUAGGGAUCGCAUUUGGUGGAUUUCGAAUCAACUGCAUUAUAUUAGCAACUGAAUGGGUCGGAGUGACAAAACGUUCUUAUGCAUCUUGUCUGAGUCAGACGUUCGCUGGAGUUGGCCAGUGCAUUCUUGCUGGCAUGAUCUUCUUCAUUCGAGACUGGAGACUUGCUCAGUUUGUCAUGGCUGCACCAAUAGCAGUGUUCGCCGUAUACAUAUGGGUUAUUCCUGAAUCAGCCAGGUGGUUAUUGGAUCAGGGUAAAACAGAGGAAGCUAAGAAGUUGAUACUCAGGGUAGCAGCCAUCAAUAAACGCCCAGUUCCAGACACUAUUCUAGAGAAGAUAGCUGAGAAGAAAGUUGUUCAGAAGGGAGGCAUACUCCUUCUCAUCAGAUCUCCUGUACUUAGGAAAUACUUCUUAACUAUUACUCUUGCAUGGUUCUUGUCAAACCUCUCCUACUACUAUCUGUCCUUCAACGUCGGGAACUUUGGCCUGGACAUCUUCUUGACACAGCUCAUGUUCGGACUCACAGAGUUACCAGGUCAUAUACUCUGCAUCUUUAUGCUGGAAUAUUUGGGGAGGAAGAUAUCCUUAAUGUCCACCCUUCUGACUGGCGGAUUCACAUGCUUCCUAAUCCUGGCUGUUCCACAAGACAACGCUGUUGCUAUUACUGCUCUUGCUACUGCUGGGAGGUUUUUCAUGAACAAUGCUGGAUCCAUAUGCAACGUCUAUGUUCAGGAGCUGUUUCCCACCUCUGUUAGACAAACGGCCACAGGCUUGGGCUCAAUAGCGAUCAGAAUUGCUGGAAUGCUGUCUCCAAUGCUCAACAUAUUGGCCACAUACCAUUGGUCUAUCCCCACUAUCGUGUUCAGCAGCCUGUCAUUGGUUGGUGGGGCUCUGGUCUUUCUGCUUCCUGAGACCAGGAGGACAGAACUUCCUGACUCUACAGAUGAGGCCGAAGGGAACAGAAAUGUGACUAUCGCCACGAAGAUAGAAAAAGGCUGCAAAGUGGAUGAUUAUGACUAUGAAAAAUCUACCAAACUAUAAAGUCAUGUUUAUGUAAGUCUUUUUUCUGGGUAAAUGUAUUUUCAAGGCUUAGUUAGUAAGACAGUUGGCUGGUGCAUGGUUCUUGUAACACCAAGGUUGUGAAUCUGAUUC